CGAGCACGGAGUGUGGGGUUUUUGAGGACCACUGAAGUUCUUCUCCCUUCCCCUUAAGGAAGCUUCAAUGUUAAGUAACUUAGCUUCCACCCACUAGAUCAUCUAAAGCACAUGAAAACCCUAAGAAAAUUUCCACUUUAUAUCCCAUUUCUCUUUGUUGGUCGGUCUGUCUCUCAGUCCUGCUUGCUGAGCUCCCUCUCUCCUUGAUAGAUGCUCCCACCAUAUAUUUCCAAAACACCCACCAAACUUUAUUAAAGAUAUAAAGAUUAAAGAGAUCCAUCUAAAGAGAUCCAUCUUCAUUGAAACUAAAGCCGCAAAAGAAAAAAAAAAUCAUGGCUUUCUCUUCUUUUCCAGUCUAUUUAGAUCAUCCAAAUUUGCACCAGUUGCAGCAGAGUGAACUUAAUCACCAAGAACGAGCUGGUGGCGGCAUAGUAGAGAACCUUCAGCUGCAAACUGCACCGCCGCAGCAACCUGCUCCGGAAGGCGGCGGUCUCGCAUCGAUCCGGCCCGGAUCGAUGGUAGAUCGAGCCAGGCAGGCCAAGAUUCCGUUACCAGAAGCAGGUUUAAAGUGUCCGAGGUGCGAAUCCACGCACACCAAGUUUUGCUACUUCAACAACUACAGCUUGACGCAGCCACGACACUUCUGCAAGACUUGCCGCCGGUACUGGACAAGAGGUGGGGCCCUGCGAAACGUCCCCGUCGGCGGAGGCUGCCGGAGGAACAAGAGAAGCAAGAACAAUAACCACGGCUCAAAGUCCAGUUCAGCAGCAGCCACAGCCAAUAUGGAGAUGAAAACGGCUGUGGAUGGUGGUGGCGGUGGCGGUGGAGGUUUGACGACAUCAGCAUGCGUAAGCCCUACAGAUAUAGGCAGGCAUUUUCCUCAAUUGCCGCCAACACACAUGGCUGAAGCGUUUCACCAAAACCUAAACCGUUACGACGGAAGUUGUGGCUACUCUAGCGGUGGAGUUGGGAUUCCUCCACCGCAUGCCGUCACUGUCAACCCAAGAAGUGGUGGAGGAAUCGGGGAGCUGGGUUUCCCGUUUCCUUACUUAGGAAACGGGUUUGACCUUCUAGGUUCACACUCAAACAUGUAUCCUAAUUUUCAGAGUGAUGGAGUGGAAGCAUCAUCAUCAUUAUCACCCUCAACAAAAAUGGAGGAAAAUCAUAGAGGAUUAUUGAGCAACUCAACAAAGCAUUUCUUAGGCACAUUGGAGAACAACCAGUAUUGGGGAUGGACAGGCGGACUCGGGUUCUCGGGUCUUAACUCAUCUUCUCCCACCACCCACCAUCUUCUAUAAUUGAAAUCCUCCAUCUCUCGUCUCAUGACUUUUUACAUCUUCAGAUGGGCAUGAUGCUUUUUCUAAUCGGAUAAUUUCAUACUAAUUAAUUUUAAUCAUUUGAAAACUCAAAUGGAUUAAUUAAUCAGUAUGAAUAUAGCAAUCCAAAUGAGUGACAUGUAUAUAAAGUAAGGAAAGAAAAGUGUGAAAUAAGGUUGAAGAGUCUUAAUGAUGAAGAAUUUCAUGCUUUGACCUUAAAGUGUUAUGAUGAUUUCCAUGCUGCACUGCAUGUGAUCAUAACCAUGGAUUCAAAUGUUGUAUUCAAAAGUGUGCUUCCUUGCUUAGUCUUGAGAUCGGAUGUAUUCAUCUAAACUUUUUCCAUUUUAAUUUCGGAUAUUUUUGAGCCUUUUGGGGUAACAAACCCUUUGAAUUGGAGAAUGUAACCGAGCAAGGACUAAUAUCGACUGACCUGGUGGCACCACCAUAUGGUGCAUUCCCUCAUGUCCAUUCAAUGCUCAAUAUUUAGUGGGUUCUGCACUGUUAUAGUGAACUAUGAAUAUUAUUCGUAGAAA